AAGGAGUAAAAACUCACUGUCUAUGUCUGUUCCUGUUUUAUAGUACAGCUGCGCUCCGUCGGUGUCUGUCUGUCUCUCUCUCUCUCUGUCCUCCCUCCUCCUCUCUCUCUCUCUCGCUUCAUCCCCCUCUCCUUCCCCUCGCUCUGCAUGUUCACCCACACUCCCUCGGUCAGACGCCUCACUUCGGCCCCUCCACCGCCCGGGCCAGUAGUAUGGACAGCCGGAUACUCGAGCACCCCCACGCCCAGUUCGGAGGCUCUCUGGGCGGAAUGGUCGGUGUUGGCUUCCCCUACCACCUGGGACACCACCACAUCUACGAGCUCGCCGGUCACCAGCUACAGUCCGCGGCCACCGUACCCUUCUCCAUAGACGGAUUACUGAACGGGUCGUGCUCGGCCUCGGUGGUACACGGCUCCGGUCCUCUACUCUCCUCUGGCUGCGGGAUUAACGGAGAUAAUCAGUACAAACUCUCAGAUUCGGGGGACCCAGAUAAGGAUAGCCCCGGUUGCAAACGGAGACGCACGCGGACGAAUUUCACCGGUUGGCAGUUGGAGGAGCUGGAGAAAGCUUUUAACGAGAGCCACUACCCGGAUAUCUUCAUGCGGGAGGCGCUCGCGCUGCGGCUGGACCUAGUAGAGUCCCGGGUCCAGGUUUGGUUCCAAAACCGGCGUGCUAAAUGGAGGAAAAAAGAGAACACUAAGAAAGGCCCGGGGCGGCCAGCGCACAACUCCCACCCGACCACGUGCAGCGGAGAACCCAUGGACGCGGAGGAGAUCGCGCGUCGGGAGCUGGAGCGCGCAGAGAAGAAGAAACGGAAACAGGAGCGUAAACUGCUGAAGUCUCAAAACAAGUUACUCUCCGGUGACCUCUUCCACACCCCCGGCGGGUCAGACAGCGACAGCGGUGUGUCACAGAUCACCGACAACGAGCAGCAGCCUUCAUCCAACUGUAACGGGAGUCUUCAUUCAGAACCGGGAGGACGACACCACCACCACCAAACGGAACCAGCCAGCUGUAACGGGAGUCUUCAUUCAGAACCGGGAGGACGACACCACCACCACCAAACGGAACCAGCCAGCUGUGAACAAACCCAAACACGUCCCCGGUUUGGUCUCCUCCAGAACCAGCACCACGACCACCACCACCACCACAACAACCAAAGAACCGCAGGGGAGAUAGGACCGGGACCUGGGGUCCAGGAGCAGGUGUCCCCGGGCAGCACGUAUGGUCCUGGACUUGGCGGCUCCAGGUCCUCAGGCCUCCAGAAACUGAACCCGUUCAGCGUGGAGAGCCUUCUCUCUGACGCCACACCUCGCCGGAAAACACAGCUGGACUUCAGCUCGCUGUCCAAUCAGAGGCCGCUGAUAGGGAAAGGUCACUUCCUGUUGUACCCCAUUACCCAUCAGCCACUGGGCUUCAUUGUCCCGCAGACGGCCCUGAAAACCGGGCUGUGCCAGGACAACAGCAACAACAGCAGCGGGCCUAACCCGGGACAGAGAUGUGUGACUAGUGAGUCUACAGGUUAUACCAACUCUCAUCAUCUGGCUGAUUUGGGCCUCAACAAACCCCUUAACCACCACCACCAUCAUGUUAGUAACUGUGUGGACGGGAGCGAAGCACAGCAGGGAAGUUACAACAAACCCGGUCCAGAUUCCGUUUCCCCGCCGCCCCAGAGCUCUGUUUCAGUUCAGACGACCUUAACGAGAACCAGUUCAACUCAGUCCAGCACGGGUAGUGACGCUAGCCGCGAGGGUGACGACCAACCGGGUUUGUCACGAGUAACGGACGUUAACGACUGCCAGAGCGAGCCCACUGGAGAGGGCACGAGAGAGGACUCGUCACCGGAUCCCUCGCUGUGUUCUGGCGUCAAGCCAGAGAGUCGGGCGGAGCACGAGGAGCCCGGGACAGAUGGAGACGAAGUCGACAUGGACUAACGCUGGUGCUGGAGCAUUAUAUAAACAGAGACUUAAAAAAAUAGGCCAACCAACCCUGCUCAGCCACAGACUAGAUCUAAACAUUCCCAAAGCUACACGACACCUUUAAAACCACAGCAGACAGAUCUACUCUAUUGUUCUAUUUCUAGAACAGAUUCUCUGAUUCACAUCCACUACUUCCCAGACUGAAGUUAUAUACAUGUUAGACUGUCCACUACUUCUCAGACUGAAGUUAUAUACAUGUUAGACUGUCCACUACUUCCCAGACUGAAGUUAUUUACAUGUUAGACUGUCCACUACUUCCCAGACUGAAGUUAUUUACAUGUUAGACUGUCCACUACUUCCCAGACUGAAGUUAUAUACAUGUUAGACUGUCCACUACUUCCCAGACUGAAGUUAUAUACAUGUUAGACUGUCCACUACUUCCCAGACUGAAGUUAUAUACAUGUUAGACUGUCCACUACUUCCCAGACUGAAGUUAUAUACAUGUUAGACUGUCCACUACUUCCCAGACUGAAGUUAUUUACAUGUUAGACUGUCCACUACUUCCCAGACUGAAGUUAUAUACAUGUUAGACUGUCCACUACUUCCCAGACUGAAGUUAUAUACAUGUUAGACUGUCCACUACUUCCCA